UCUCCUCUCUCUCUCUCUCUCUCUCUCUCUCUCUCUCUUCUCUCUAUAGUAUUAGAUAGAGAGAGAAACUCUUCGAGGUGGCCUCGUUUCCACGCGCUACAGAGGAUGGCGAUCCUCUCGCUCCCUCGCUCUCUUCUCCCUCUUCCUCCUCCUCCGAGGCUUCGUCGGUCUCCGGCGAGGAGGCGGCGAUCGUGUCCCUCGGCGACGCCCCAAAUCCGGUCGGAGUUGUCUUUCUCUGUUGGAACUCAUCUCAUCCCUCACCCAAAAAAGGCUGAAACAGGUGGCGAAGAUGCUUUCUUUGUGAGUAGUUUCAAUGGGGGAGUUCUGGCCAUUGCAGAUGGUGUUUCAGGAUGGGCCGAACAGAAUGUCAAUCCUGCACUCUUUCCUCGGGAGUUGAUGGCAAAUGCUUCAGAUCUUGUAAUGGAUGAGGAGGUUAGUUAUAAUCCUCAGAUUCUAUUGAAGAAGGCCCAUGCUGCAACCUCUUCUAUAGGAUCAGCAACUGUAAUUAUUGCUAUGCUGGAGAAAUCUGGAACUCUAAAAAUUGCAAAUGUUGGAGAUUGUGGACUAAGAAUUCUCCGGAAAGGCCAAGUGGUUUUCUCUACUGCUCCACAAGAACAUUUUUUCGACUGUCCUUACCAGUUAAGCUCUGAGCUAAUUGGGCAAACAUAUCGAGACGCAACGCUGUGUAGUGUAGAACUGACAGAAGGAGAUACAAUAGUAAUGGGUUCAGACGGUCUAUUUGAUAAUGUCUUUGAUCAUGAAAUUGUUUCUGUGAUCUCAAAAAUUCAAAAUGCAGUUGAAGCUGCUAAGGCACUAGCGGAGCUUGCAAGCAAUCAUUCAGUGGAUACUACUUUCGAUUCGCCCUAUGCUUUGGAAGCUCGCAAUAUGGGAUUUGAUGUUCCUUGGUGGCAGAGAAUACUUGGAAAGAAGCUAACAGGUGGUAAGCUAGAUGAUAUUACAGUGAUUGUCGGGCAAGUAAUAAGGGCAUCGAUUGACUAGAAAUGAAUAAAUGAUGCAAGAGUAUACCUUUCAAUGAUACUGUGAGCCACAUGGCAGAGAGGGGCGGGGGUGGGGGCGCGGGCGCUGGUGCGGGGUUGCGGCUGGGCAUAGGGCCCAGCCGAGUAGGGGAACAGGCAAUGCUAGUGGGGAAGACUGAAGAGGAACUGAAUUCAACUUAAGAAGUAGAAGAAACAGGAAUUAAACUCACUGCAAAUGCCAUCAGGUUAUAUAUUUCAUAAUAUAUUUGUCCAGAGAACAUUACUACUCUCCAUUUUCUGUUUAUUUUGGUGUUGUUAAGCCUCAUCUGGUAUUGUAUAUAUACAGUUUUUUUUAAGUUAAAAAGUGUAUGAAGACCCCCUCACCUAUAUGCGGUUCUGAAAUGGCCCCUUCAACUUUAUUUCUUGGGUAAAUUUCAAA